AUGCCUCAAGUUCAAAACCCCAUCUUGCCUGGCUUCAACCCGGAUCCAUCUGUUCUGCGCGUUGGCGAUGACUAUUACAUCGCUACUUCCACGUUUGAGUGGUAUCCCGGUGUGCAGAUACAUCACUCCAAGGACCUCGCAAACUGGAGUCUUAUCACUCGUCCCCUUAAUCGUAAAAGCCAACUUGAUUUGAGGGGAAGCCCUGAUAGUUGCGGUGUCUGGGCCCCUUGCCUUACCCAUGACGGACACUCAUUUUGGCUAGUCUACACGGAUGUUAAGCGCAAAGACGGUUCUUUCAAAGAUACCCACAACUACAUCGUCCACGCUCCAACGAUCGAGGGACCUUGGUCUGAGCCUCUCUAUAUAAAUUCGUCUGGAUUUGACCCAUCGCUGUUUCAUGACGAUAACGGUCGAAAAUGGGUUGUUAACAUGAUCUGGGAUCACCGCCAUCGGCCUCAUGCGUUUGCAGGAAUCGUUUUGCAAGAGUUUGAUCCCAAGUCAGGGCGGCUAUUCGGCCCAAAAACGAACAUCUACCAGGGGACCGACCUUAAACUGGCUGAAGGGCCACACCUCUACAAGAGAAAUGGAUUUUACUUCCUUCUUGUUGCCGAAGGGGGCACAGGUUAUCGACACGCUUGUACUAUGGCUCGAUCCCGCUGCAUAUCUGGGCCAUACGAGACGCACCCACAAAAGCAUAUUCUCACUGCCAAGGACACCCCGUCCGCGGAGCUGCAGCGAGCUGGACAUGGCGAUAUCGUUGAAACUCCGGAGGGCAGAACAUAUGAUGAUUGGCUAUAUGUCAAGAAUGGCCCUGUUCCAUCGUUGUUUGUGGACUUGCCCGCCGUCCAUGAGGAAGACUCCUUCUGGGCAGAGCAAUGCUACCAAUUCGAUGAUACCUUACAUAAAGACUUUCAGUGGUUACGGACGCCAGACACUGGUCGAAUCUUUACACUCCAGAAUAACAAGCUCGUGCUACUCGGUAGGGAGUCUAUUGGGUCUUGGUUUGAGCAAGCCCUAGUUGCAAGGCGACAAACACACUUUUCUUACGACGCAGAGACAGUGAUUGAGUACAACCCCUCCGACGAAAGACAGUUUGCGGGUCUAACCGCGUACUACUCACGAUACAAUUUCUUUUACCUUGUUGUAACAGCACAUUCAGACGGGCAGAAGGAGUUAAUGAUUUUAACCUCUGAGGCUUCUUGGCCUGAUGGUUGGCUCCAGCGGCCACUCAUCGAGCCGAUGCGCAUUCCCCAGGAAGGCAAGGUCAAGCUUGCCCUCAAGAUUCGCGAGAAUGAACUCCAAUUCUACUAUGCACUUGGGGAGGGGGAACCGCUGAACAAGUAUGGACCUGUGUUCGACGCCUCUAUCCUCUCUGAUGAGUGUGGGGGAUCCCCAAAACAAGAGAGCUUCACGGGUGCAUUUGUCGGAGUAGCAUGUUCUGACCUGAACGGGACAGAACUCACUGCGAGCUUUGACUAUUUCAUAUAUAGACCAGUAGGAUAUGGUUCUGCUUCGCAGUAA